ACAAUGGGAGCAAAGGGUCUGAAACACGCUUCUGAGAUUGCUAUACUAAAUGCAAACUACAUGGCAAAGAGGCUGGAGAAGCACUACAAAAUCCUUUUCAGAGGAGCAAGAGGUUAUGUAGCCCAUGAAUUCAUUUUGGAUACAAGACCUUUCAAAAAAUCAGCAAACAUUGAAGCUGUAGAUCUUGCUAAGAGACUUCAGGAUUACGGUUUUCAUGCUCCAACCAUGUCCUGGCCAGUGGCUGGGACACUUAUGAUUGAACCAACAGAGUCUGAAGACAAGGCAGAGCUGGACAGAUUUUGUGAUGCGAUGAUCAGUAUUCGGCAGGAAAUUGCUGAAAUAGAGGAGGGCAGGAUGGACCCCCAAAUUAACCCACUAAAGAUGUCACCACAUACUCUGAACUGUGUCACUUCUUCCAAGUGGGAUCGUCCUUAUUCCAGAGAAGUGGCAGCAUUCCCACUGCCAUUUGUGAAGCCUGAAAACAAGUUUUGGCCCACAAUUGCUCGCAUUGAUGACAUAUAUGGAGAUCAACACCUGGUUUGUACCUGCCCACCAAUGGAAGCCUAUGAAUCUCCUUUUUCUGAACAGAAAAGAGCAUCUUCGUAAGACUGCUUCCAGCUGCCUGGAUUUCUGAGUCCAUCAGGAUGGCCUUUUCCUCCCAGACCUGAUAGGGGAUUUAUAUACUGUGUAUAUUUUGGAUAAUCACCAUGUUUGUUAAUUGAAUCACUGCUUAGUUAAAAUGUAAAUACAAUCAAUAUAUUAGGUGGAAACAAAAUGAGAUUGUUCUGCAGCAGUUGAAGUUGCCUUGAUUCAGCAUUUUGUCUGUUUUGUGCUAAAUUUUUAACAAUUAAGGCCCAAUUUGAAAAGUAUCAUGGAAGAUAUGGUUAAAAAAAAAGUAGAAAAGUUGCAGAUGCAUAAGGCGAUAGUAAGGGAUAUUAGCUGCAGGAGUAAUUGUUUAUAUUCUGUAAAAACAGAUGAAGUAGAUUGUUCAAUUUACUUCAUGUAUUACGACUAGCAUUGCUAGUGUUAAUAUUUCAUACUGGUUUUUUUACCUACCAAUGUUAGUGCUCUAAUAAAAUUGGUCAGCAUUU